AUGAACUUGGCUUUGAAACAUGAUCGCAUGAACUCUUGUUCGUUUUCAUAUUAUAAAAUAGUCGUUUAUUUAGUACAACAUAAUGCUGAUAUAUCGAAACCAAACAAAAAUGGAGUCACUUGUCUAAUGAACUCAUUGGACAGUGUGCCUAUAUGUCGGUUUCUUAUUGACCAUGGUGCCGAGUUAAAUGCUCAAGACAACGAGUCUAAAACAGCGCUACAUCAUGCAAUUGAAGAACAUAAUUUUAAAAUCACAAAACUUCUUUUGGAGAAUGGUGCGGACUCUCUUCUGAAGAAUAAGCACGCCGAUGAUGCAUUACAGACAGCUUGCUUCUGCGAUAAUAAAAGUGCAUUUGAAUAUUUAAUUGAAAAAUAUAGCUAUUCUAAAGAACGAAUCGCUCAAGCAUAUGAAUUAGUGGGUUCUACUGUUCUUGAAGAGAGUGGCAAUAUAAUAGAGACUUUAAAUCAUUGGCGAACAGCUCUUUCACUCAGGAAUGAGGAUCCAAACAAUUACUUGGUGAAGAAAACAAUUCCACAGAAAGCAUCUAACCCGACUGUGACAGAAUUCAAUUCCGAGGAGGAAUUAGAUAUUUUCGCAUUGGACAUGGACGCCAUGAAAAUGCAAUCUCUCCUCGUGCUAGAGAGAAUUUUGGGUCCAUUCCACAGGAACACGGUUUCGAGUUUAAGGAAUCUCUGGGAAUUUUCCUGCGGUGCCAACGUCAAAGCUGUGAACUGUUGCUUAAAUACUCCUUUACAUUUAGCUGCUGAGGCACGCAAUUACAACCCAGCUAUUUUCAAUGCUCUUUUGAGGCACGGGGCCCAUGCAGAUCAGAAAAAUAAAGCUGGAAAGACUCCUUUUGAUGUCGUGAAAGAAGCAGAUAACUUUCCUCUGAAUCCUUUUAGAUACACCACAUUAAAAUGCCUGGCAGCUCGAAAAAUAAUGGAAAAACAAGUUCCUUUUUCUGGUAAAGUUCCUGCAGAGAUUGAAAGCUUUAUUAAAACUCACUGA